GUCGUUUAGGUUUAUUCCUUAGCUGACUGAGCUUGUAGUGUCUCCACCGUUUCCAUCGCAUGCUCUUCGUUGCGCAGGGUCCGUCGCGCUCACUAAGAAUUCAAUCUGUUGACCCGUUCGCUUCACAAUGCGGAUAUGUCCGAACCCGAUGCUGCGUUCCGCAUACCGUUUCGAGACUGUCAUCCAGUUCGGCGCAUGGCGGAUCAGCCAGCUCCUCCGCAUUUCGCCACGACGUAAACUCAAGCUUCCGCAACCUGAUACAUAUCGUCUGUAUCGCUGCGGAGUCAGCAGAGCUUCAGCAUCAGAAUUGUCGAUCGUUGAUGUCAUAUGUUGACUGUGUCCCCGAAUGCGGUGGGCCAUGGAUUUGCGAGGUAUUGCACGUACAGAGUCCGGCAACUACGGACGCCAGACCGCG